CAAGACUUCAGGCUCUAUAUAAAGGCAUGCAUGCUCAAACAUGAGUUGUACAGAAUUCUAAAAAGUACUUCUCCAUAUUUGUAAAACUCUUGUUCUCAAAGAUCAAGCUGUGACUUUCGUCCAAAGUUCCAACUUCUUAUGCGAUGGGAUGGUGGAGGUCCUAUGCUAGUGACGAGAGAUUUUCUAGCUCAACUCUCACUAUUUUGAUUGGUAUAUUUGCGGUGUUAUGGUUUGUUGUCAAGAAACAAAGAAAGGCUGUUGUACCUCCAUUGCCACCAGGUCCCCGUGGCCUACCAAUAGUCGGAUACCUUCCAUUUGUAGGUACAGAACUUCAUACAAAAUUUCAGCAACUAUCUGAGAUCUAUGGCCCCAUCUAUAAGGUUUGGCUUGGAAAUAAAAUGUCCGUUGUGAUUAGCUCACCCUCGCUAGUUAAAGAAGUGGUUCGUGACCAUGACGCAAUAUUUUCCAACCGUGAUACUAACAUAGUUGCACGUACUGUCACAUAUGGGGGAGCCGAUAUUGCUCUUGCCUUGAAUUCUCCUAGCUGGAAGAUGUUGCGGAAAAUAUUUGUGAGAGAGAUGUUAAGUCCAUCAAAUCUUGAUAAUACCUUUGCUUUACGAAGAGAAGAGAUAAGGAACACCAUUAGAAAUGUGUAUGACAAAAAAGGAACCCAUAUAGAUAUAGGGGACCUGGCAUUUGUAACAGUGAUGAAUACCACCAUGAACAUGCUGUGGGGUGGAACGCUACGUGGAGAGGAAGGGGCUAAGUUUGGAGCAGAGUUUAAGCAUAUCUUUGCAGAAUUAGUGAUGAUUCUUGGAAAACUAAAUGUUUCGGAUCUUUUCCCGGCUUUAGCAUGUUUUGAUUUACAAGGGAUCGGAAGGAAAGCAAAGAGAAUUUCUGAAACCGUUGAUAGAGUACUUGAUUAUGUCAUUGACAAACAGAUCAAGAGUUUGGCCAAAGCCAAAAAAGAGGGAAUGACAAAUACAGGACAAAAGGACUUUUUACAAGUUCUCUUGGAACUAAGGGAGCGGGACGAUGGUGCACCAUCAAUGAGCAUGACCCAAAUCAAGGCCUUGGUUUUUGACAUAGUGAUAGGAACAACUGACACCACAACGACCAUGUCGGAAUGGGUGAUGGCAAGGUUGUUGAAGUAUCCAGAGAUAAUGAGAAAGGUCACUGAAGAAUUAACAGAAAUCGUGGGGUUGGACAACUUAGUCGAAGAAUCUCAUUUGCCCAAAUUACAUUAUUUAGAAGCGGUUAUUAAAGAGACAUUCCGUUUGCACCCAUCUAGUCCUUUCCUGUUACUUCGUGCUCCAACUGAAUCUAGCAUCAUUGGAGGAUACCAUGUACCCAAAGGUUCUAGUAUUUACCUACAUAUUUGGGCUAUACAAAGGGAUCCAAAGUAUUGGGACAAUCCAUUGGAAUUUAAACCUCAAAGGUUUCUAAAUAAUGGAUAUGGUAGUCUUGAUUAUUCGGGCAACAAUUUUAAGUAUCUUCCAUUUGGGUCAGGGAGAAGAAUAUGCGCAGGGCUUGCACUAGGGGAGAGGACACUCAAGUACAUCUUGGCUUCACUUUUGCAUUCCUACGAGUGGAAAUUACCACAAGGUUCAAAGAUAGAAUUUUCUGACAUUUUCGGUAUUGUUACCAAGAAGAAGAAUCCAACUGUUGCAAUUCCAACUCCAAGGUUAUCCAAGUUUGAGCUCUACACAAAAUAGUGUAAUGCGAGAAAUAUACUCUACUGCUUUCCAUACCAAUACCUUCUAUAAAGCAUUUUUAUGCACAAUAACUAGGAGGUUUUGAUGCUUUUCACUUCCUGUAGUGCUAUAGACAAUGUAAUGAUGGUUUCCAAAUAAUGCCAUUUUGCUUGUCUGCAAAGAGGCAAUACGUACACUCACCUAUAUCUAGGUUUGCUCAAUUAUUGGUCUUUGAAUAACAUCUCACUUAGGCGUUUCUUUGCCGAUUUGACGUGGUUUUAUAGUAAAUAAAGUUUUUUU